AGCAGCUGGAUUUAAUAGGCACUGUGAUGUUUUAAACCUCCAAACUCUGCUUAAGAUGCCACUCAUGACAAAUCAGGUGCUACCUGCAGUCUCCUACUGUGCGUUAGGCAGUAUGUCGGGGUCGGUCACCAAAGGGCCACAGUCACAUGCUAUUAUUCCUUCUUCACUUUCUCUUGAAUGGGACAAACGUCAGAGCGCCGGAGUGCACUGUCUCCGGGAUUUGGCCGCAGACGCGCGCUGAGGCUGCAGGAGGACGCAGCGAGAGCGGUGAUGGCUGAGUGACAUCUGAACACUGUUGUGUGUGUUAUUUAUUCACGAGCAACUGUCAGCGACGUGGAGUCCAUCGAGGAUACAAUCGGACUGUUCUAUGGCUUGUUUUUUCGGCCAUGGAGAGUGGAUGCCCUUGUGGAUGGACUUUACGCUGUGGAGUCCUUAUUGGAAGCGACGGGACAUUUAUUUUGAAAUAUAAAACCAAGCUGCUGCCACUGACCGCGUCUCUGUGAAUCAGAGUGAUGAUGACUUAAGUGAAAAGACAGAGGAUUCCUAAAAUUAGCCAUUUGGGACCCACAAACAGAAGACAGAAGAGCUCACGACCAUGGUCAUUACACUGAGGAUUCAAGUUUCCACUACCUCUUCAGCACUGCAGCUCAAAUGAUGUCGAAUCUAAUUCACAUAGUCAGGAGGCAAAUGUCCGGCCCGGAAAUGGCUUGCCUCAAACAUCUCAUCCUUCAUCAUUUAUCAGAAGAUACAAUGAUGGAGAUUGUUUUGCAAGGCUGGAGCACAGGAGCCUCCUAGAUUCUAAUCCUGCGGAUACAAUGUAGCACGGCUCCUCAGUAUGACUUAAAUAAACACUCUACUCCAAACCCACACAUGUUCAGGGAUGGAUCUCAUGAACUUCACAACUGUCGCCGACAGUGGGUUUUUGGAUGAGGCUCCAUCGAGCCGCGUCCUGACGGGCUGUUUCCUCUCGCUGCUCAUCCUCACCACCUUGCUGGGAAACACUCUUGUUUGUGCCGCCGUCACCAAGUUUCGACAUCUGCGCUCCAAAGUGACCAAUUUUUUUGUGAUCUCACUGGCCGUGUCUGACCUCUUGGUCGCCAUCUUGGUGAUGCCGUGGAAGGCGGUGACAGAGAUCACGGGGUUCUGGCCGUUCGGCUCCUUCUGUGACACCUGGGUGGCUUUUGACAUUAUGUGCUCCACAGCGUCCAUUUUAAACCUUUGUGUGAUAAGCUUGGACCGCUACUGGGCCAUCUCCAGCCCCUUUCGCUACGAGAGGAAGAUGACACCCAAAGUGGCCUAUGUGAUGAUCAGUGUGGCCUGGACGCUGUCUGUGCUUAUUUCCUUCAUCCCGGUGCAGCUCAACUGGCACAAGGCCCAAACUAAAUCUUCCACCCCUCUCACUGGGGCGCCUGGGUCUUCAGGUUUUAAUGCUACAUCUUAUGCCAGCACAGAGAACUGUGACUCGAGUCUGAACAGGACCUAUGCCAUCUCCACCUCACUCAUAAGCUUUUACAUCCCCGUAGCCAUCAUGUUGGCCACCUACACCCAGAUCUACCGCAUUGCCCACAGACAAAUCAGGAGGAUCUCUGCACUGGAGCGAGCGGCCGAAAGUGCCAAGAACAGACAUGACAGCAUGGGCGGAGGCUCCAGCAUCGCAGAGUCCGAGAGCUCUUUCAAAAUGACGUUCAAGAGAGAGACCAAGGUGCUGAAGACGCUGUCGGUCAUCAUGGGGGUGUUUGUGUGCUGCUGGCUCCCAUUCUUCAUCCUCAACUGCAUGGUGCCCUUCUGCGAGCAGUCGAGCGGAGGGGAGGCUUUCCCCUGCAUCAGCCCCACCACGUUUGAUGUGUUUGUGUGGUUCGGCUGGGCUAAUUCCUCCCUCAACCCCAUCAUCUAUGCCUUCAAUGCAGAUUUCCGCAAGGCCUUCGCCAUCCUGCUGGGCUGCCACAGACAGUAUCCAGGAGGCCACAACAUGGAGACGGUCAGUCUAAACAAGAAAUGACUCAUGACUCUCUCACAGCACUGACUCAUCCUUAAUGCUAAGAGUCCGAGUUGCUGUGCUGACUCUGAGUGUGACUGAAGGAUCCGGUGACCCUAUAUGUAUCCCUGUUUGAAAGACAAGUGGCCCGUCUGUGUGCAGACUGUCAAGAGUGAGCUUGCCAUGCUUACUAUGAUCGCUACAGUCUUCAAAUGGAAGAAGCUCCUGAAAGAGGAGAGGGGAUUUUGGGCGAUUGAGAUUAAGACUCUGGGAUGUUGUGCCAGGGAGCUGGGAGUGCAGUGGUGCUGACACGCCCCUGGGAAAGAUAAUCCCAUGACUGGGCAGCACACACCCUAAUUCUGUCAGAUAUUCUUGAAUACCAUCAUACACACGUACACAAACACUGCCAAAACAAGCUCCUCCAAAUACAGCGUAAAUGCAGCACCCAGCGUGCACACUACAACGUAUUACAUGACAGCACACAGAAAUACUGUUAGUCAUUAUGUUCAUCCUGUGCUCUGCAAGGAUUCCAGCAGUAAAGCAUCAAACCAAAUCCACAUGGAUGAACAUGUAGGUAAAGUACAUCCACAUGUGACUUAAUAUUGAAGCAAGAAUGAAAACAGAUUUGAUCUUACAUUCGGCUUGAUCCAUUCAUUGUGCGAUUUUACAAGUUCUCAGAAAUGGACACUAACGAAAAUGUGACCUGUUUUGGAAGUAAAGGUACAGAGAUGUGAAAACUGUAGUUCGUCAAACAGCAGGUCACAUCUCAUUGUUGAUGCUGGAUCAGAAUUGUUAUUUAUAUUUCAUCCAAAUGUCAAAUCAUUACAACUUUAAACCAAAUGUAGUCAACAGACACCUUAUAAAUUAUUUGCUUCACUGCUUGAAAGUGUUUUAUGGAUGAGUGUCUCAUAUCACUUUGUGUGUCCUGUAUUUUUCAUUAACAACAGCUGAUGACCUUUUUUAAGGGAAAGAUCUAAACAAAGGUUUUUCUUGAUUUGUGGUGUGUUUGACUAUACUAUAUGCUUAGGCUGAUACACAAUUGUAAUUGACUGAAUUGUUUGGGUAAAUCAGUUUAAAUUUGCUGCUUUAAAGUUAAUUAUUAAAGCAUAACCUUAGUUUAUAACAACUUGGGUCUUACUUCUAUAGGUCUGGCUAUCAUUCCUUUUAGUUCUGAUCACCUUGUACUUACUAAAGCAACUGCUGACAUCUUGGAACACUGACAUCACCACAAUGAAAUCCGACAAUCCGGCAAGAAACAAGAGCAGUCAGACGAUCAGACCAGUUGUAAACCAACCCACAGUAAGAUUAUUGAUGCCUCUGUAUUUAGAAGAAAAACCAAAAGUGAGCACAAGAAAAAGAUUAAUACUAACGUAGCGUAAUUAGUUUGAAUUAAUUUGAAGACACAUAACCUUAUCCUAAAUUAUGUUGUGGAAUAAAUUUUGCAUUCAUUUGAUGUUAAAUUUUAAUAAAUUCAUAUUUUUAGAAGGUAGUAAUCCUCAACGGUAGAAGCAAUUAAAGUAAGCAUGGUAUGCAAGUACGAGGAACAAGGAAAUCAGUCUGUAAACUGUGAUGGGUGUUUACAAUUAACAGUUUGCGUAAUCAUUUUUACAGUUCCCCUUUGUUUUCUCUUCCAUAUAAGCCUGGCUAGGCUGAGGGUGUGUUUGAAGUCUGUGAUCUGAUUAACUGACUGCCUGUAUCUGUUGUCUCAUCAGAUGUCUUUUUAGCGAUGUCCCAUGUUUCUAGCUCUCAGCAGUCAAAGAAAUUAAUAUUUGGGAAGUAGCUUUCUUGCCUGACUUCAUGGAGUUCCUGGCAACCUCACAGUGAGAGCAAGGCUCCAGGAAGUCACUGUGCCCAGUCUAGAAAUAGUCCCACAUGUAACUCUGCGUAAAAACCACAACUUGUUGUUUUCACACUUAAGAUAAACCAAAUAACAUAUAAUAAGUCAAUUAAUGAGCUUUAGAGGUGCUGGUGCACUUUAAAAAAAAACCUUUGCACAGAGCCAAGCUAGUUGUUUUUCGCGCUGCUUCCAGUCUUUAUGCUAAGCUAAGCAUCUCCUGGCGGUAGCUACAUACUUAUUACAUACUUAAUGCACAGAAAUGAGAGUGGUAUUGAUCUUCUCAUUUAACACUCGGCAACAAAGCAGAUACGUUUAUUUCCCAAAAUGUAAAAUCAAUCCUUUAACUCGGUGACUACAAUAUUAUCAUGGCUGAUAGAAAUGAUGGCUAAAACUCUGAAAAAAAGACCCAGGAAUUAUCCUAUAAAGUGCAGCAUUGUAUGGUGGAAUAUCAAGAACAGGUUGUAUUACUGUCAUUCAUCAACAGUUACCUCUUAUUUGGUGUACUGUAUUUAUUUUUU